UCUAUACGGUGUACAUACAUAACUACAUGUACUAUAACUUCAUGAAAAGCGACAUAACUUUAAUACUAAUGUUUUCUCUGGAUUGAUGAGGACAUGGAUACACUGUUCCUUGUCGCAUUAACGGCGUGUGUGGUGCUUAUGCGAGGUGGAUACGCAGAUGAGCCAUUUUGCAGUGGCAACUUUGCUGGACAACUUCUAAAUCUCGAAAAGAGUCUGAGCGAUGUGACCGACCGACUGAAACAUGUAGAAUACACAUACAACAGACACGCAAACUUACUUUCGCACCCUCCGUCUAGUAUCACGACACUGUUGAGGGCGGCUGACCUGGAGAAGGGCGGCUGGCGGCUCGUGUUCCGGGCUACGUCUGGGAACGGACAAAACGUUCACGACGCCUGGCUCACUGGUGCUGGAACUACUGACACAAAGCCAGACGACAUGUCCCGGACGUACUCCAACCACUUCCGGGUUGCUGAUGUGGAAAACGUGUGGAAAGCCAUGGCGCCGAGGUACGCAAAGGUAGGUCUGUACAGGGACAACAGGGAGGUCGCAUACGUCGUCUUUGACGCCAAGGACAGCGAUUUGAAGAGUUGGUUCGCCAAGGAUCGGGUAUUGGACGCCAGUUGGUCAGACCUGACGGCCUCGGGUUUUUACAAUGUAUUCUCAGUAGAUGGAAGUGUAAGCAAAUAUUAUACCAGAACAUUCCUAAUAAACAGUGCAUACGGGGGUUGUCCCAAGGAUCUCGGCCAUCUUGCCGUUGUGGAGAAGAUGGGUAGCUGCGAGUGGGACACGCACCCGGCGUACCCGCAGUUCCUGUACGCUGAUCUUAACCACUCUGAUCUGUGGGAGAAACAGCGAUUUGGACGAGCCGAUUUCUUUGCAAUCUUUGCGAGUGCAUAAUUUGCACGUUCGUGUCUACAGAAAUGACAUACAGCUAUACUGAUUCAUACAUUAAUUAGCAUCUAAGCUGCAUGAAUGCACGUGCGAGUAUCGAUUUGCCAGUAAUAUAUCAGCAAUAAUAAGUUCACACUGCUUUUCAUGCACUUGCUGGUAGAUUUCAUUAUUGAACGAUCUAGUAGCACCAACCAACUAACUACCUGCUGAUUAAUAAAAUACGGUAUAAUCUCGUAAGAGUUGACAUCGUUGACACACCUUUAUCAGUUAUAAAACAACGGAGGAUUCAUUUAUCGAUGUCGUUUCCGAGAAAGUCUAGUGAUGAACCUUUAGAACAACGCAAUUGAAUCCAGUGAACUACAGAGACCAGGGCUUUACUGCACAGCGAGCGACUUUAAUUAAAUGUGUUUAGUCAGAAAAAAAAACUAAUUAGGAUUCGUAUGAAAAGAAAUGCCAUCGACCAGAAGUUGUAAAUGAUAAUUGAACUCGUGAAUUCAGACGCUGUUUGUGUUUUUGUUUUAACAUUUGUUGGAAUUAUUUUCGUUAUUAAAUUUUAGUAUUCAAUAUUCA